AUGUUCUCCGCCGGCUUGAGGCAGUCUGCUGCCCGCAGUAUCUCCCGCCGCACCACUCGCAACUUCGCCUGCACCGCGCGAAACAACCGCAUAAUCACGGGUACCCAGCCCCUACGAGCCAAGGAAGCAUCGGGGGCAAUUGGACACAAAUACCCAGUCAUUGAUCAUGAGUACGAUGCACUCGUCGUCGGUGCUGGAGGUUCCGGCCUGCGAGCGGCCUUCGGUCUGGCAGAGGCAGGAUUCAACACGGCGUGCAUAUCGAAGCUUUUCCCCACGAGAUCACACACAGUCGCCGCUCAGGGUGGCAUCAACGCCGCGUUAGGAAACAUGCACGAGGACGAUUGGAGAUGGCACAUGUACGAUACUGUCAAGGGUUCAGACUGGCUGGGUGACCAAGAUGCCAUUCACUACAUGACAAGAGAGGCUCCUGCGUCUGUCUACGAGCUCGAAAACUAUGGCUGCCCAUUCUCGCGAACGGACGAGGGCAAGAUCUACCAACGCGCUUUCGGUGGUCAAUCAAGAGAAUUUGGAAAGGGUGGGCAAGCCUACAGAUGCUGUGCCGCCGCCGACCGAACUGGCCACGCUCUUCUCCACACUCUAUACGGCCAAUCUCUUAGACACAACACCAACUACUUCAUCGAGUUCUUCGCGAUCGACCUGAUCAUGGAGGAUGGCGAGUGCAAGGGUGUCAUUGCCUACAACCAGGAGGACGGAACUCUCCACCGUUUCCGCGCGCACCACACUGUUCUGGCUACUGGUGGCUACGGCCGUGCAUACUUCUCUUGUACGUCUGCGCACACAUGUACGGGUGAUGGUAUGGCUAUGGUCGCCCGUGCGGGUCUUCCAAACCAGGAUCUGGAGUUUGUGCAGUUCCACCCAACUGGUAUCUACGGUGCUGGCUGCUUGAUCACCGAGGGUUCUCGUGGUGAGGGUGGCUACCUCCUCAAUAGCGAGGGUGAGCGAUUCAUGGAGCGUUAUGCACCAACCGCAAAGGAUUUGGCCUCCAGAGACGUUGUCAGCCGAAGCAUGACCAUGGAGAUCCGUGACGGACGCGGUGUUGGCCCAGAUAAGGACCAUAUCUACCUCCAGCUGUCGCACUUGCCACCGGAGAUCCUCCACGAACGUCUGCCCGGUAUCUCUGAGACUGCCUCCAUUUUCGCUGGUGUCGAUGUUACCAAGCAGCCAAUUCCAGUCCUGCCCACUGUCCACUACAACAUGGGUGGUAUCCCAACCAAGUACACUGGUGAAGUGCUCACCGUUGAUGAGCAGGGUAACGACAAGGUUGUUCCAGGUCUGUUCGCUUGUGGUGAGGCUGCUUGUGUCUCUGUCCAUGGUGCAAACCGUCUUGGAGCCAACUCUCUUCUUGAUCUCAUCGUUUUCGGUCGUGCCGUCAGCCAUACUAUCCGCGACAACUUCUCGCCCAACAAGCCACACCCACAGAUGUCCGGCGAUGCUGGUGCCGAUGCCAUCUCCAUGGUAGACCAUGUCCGGACUGCGGACGGACCGAAGAGCACUGCGGAGAUCAGAUCUGCUAUGCAGAAGGUCAUGCAGUCAGAUGUAUCCGUCUUUAGAACCCAGGAAUCCCUCGACGAAGGUGUAAAGAAGAUCAACGAAGUGGACAAGCAGUUCCACCAGGUAGGAACCAAGGACCGCAGCAUGAUCUGGAACAGCGAUCUUGUGGAGACUCUCGAGCUUCGCAACCUCUUGACUUGCGCCGUCCAGACUGCUGAAGCUGCUGCCAACCGCAAGGAAUCCCGAGGAGCUCACGCACGCGAAGACUUCCCUGACCGAGACGACAAGAACUGGAUGAAGCACACUUUGACGUGGCAGAAGAAGCCACACGAGAAGACCGAGCUCGGCUACAGGAAGGUCGUGAUGAACACGUUGGACGAGGAAGAGUGCAAGGCCAUUCCGCCAUUCGCACGAAAGUACUAG